AAAUAGAUAGAGAUCAUUAGUUAAUAGAGGACAGACGAUAUCAGAAACAGCUGUGAACAUACGGCAAGAGCUAACUGAAUCUCCUUUCAUUACAAUGGAGUAUCUGAAGUAUCUGAUGCUGAUAUUUCUCAUCAAUGACACAAGAAAAGCUGUAGAAGCACAGGGCUGUGGUGUUUCCUCACUGAGCACUGGUAUUGUGGGAGGUGAGAAUGCAUCUGCAGGGAACUGGCCUUGGCAUGUCAGUCUACACUUUUUUAACUAUUACAUCUGUGGAGGAUCCCUCAUCAGCCACGAAUGGGUGCUCACUGCGGCUCACUGUGUUUCCUUCUUACCCUCAGCCAGAUACUGGACUGUUUAUCUGGGUAGACAGAGCCAAAACAUUUCAGUCUCUAACCCAAACGAGGUGAGUCGAAGAGUCCGAUCCAUCAUUAUACAUCCAGACUACGACUCGUAUCAAUUCACUAAUGACAUCGCUUUGCUGAGAUUGAGUGUGCCAGUGAACUUUACCAGCUACAUCAGCCCAAUCUGCCUGGCUGCUAAUGAUAGUGUCUUUCACAACGGCACCACCUGCUGGUCCACUGGAUGGAGAAGAACUGGCUUUGUAGGCGCCGAGUCCAGUUCUGGAACUCUACAGGAAGUGAAGGUAAAUGUGGUGGGGAAUAAGGAGUGUGACUGCAGGUUUCAAGACAUCCCAUUUUUGGACAUACCAAUCACUCCGACAGUGAUCUGUGCUGGAGGAGAGACAGGCACAGGAACAUGUUUUGAAGAUUCUGGUGGUCCAUUACAGUGUAAGCAGGGUUCUGCGUGGAUAUUAGCUGGUGUCACUAAUUUUAGGGUUCCUUGCGGCACUGGAACUACACCUGACAGUUAUGCUAGAGUAUCCAAAUUCCAAAGCUGGAUCUUGGAAAAUGUUAAUGUAUCAGACAUUGGAUUUGUGAUUUUUAAAUCUGAUGGUGAAGAUAAGGACAGCAGCUUUCUGUGCUAUGGAGAAGAGACAGACCUUUUCUACCCAUUUGGAAAUGGAGACAUAAAGAAUCCAUCUCAAGAUGUUGGAAGCUCUCCGAUAAUAUUCUUGGAAAAGCCCUUUGUAUAUUUUGGACGUGUUUAUCGACAGACUUAUGUUAAUAACAACGGACAUUUGACAUUUUAUGAGCCUCUUUCUGAGUCGGUACCCAAUUAUUUACUGUCGCAAGUCAACAGAGACAUCAUUGCUCCACUUUGGACAAACAUGGACAACACUGUCAAUGGAACCAUCUCCUAUCGUCAGGUCACUAGAGGCAGACUCUUACUAGCAGCCUCAAACCACAUAAACCAGUAUUUUCCCAAUCUGAACUUCACUGCUUCAUGGCUGUUCAUUGCCACUUGGGAUAAAGUACCAUACUUUAACAACUCACAAUCGAGUUCAUCUUUUCAAGUUGUUUUGGUCUCUGGUGGUUCUCUGUCUUUUGUCAUGAUGAACUAUGGAAAUAUCUCCUCUACAGAUCAACGCUUUCAGGCUGGCUAUGGCACAAUAAACUCAACAAAUAAUUUUUCAAUCCCUGUGACUGAUGAAAAUAAGCUGUCCAACUCCAGCAAUGUCAAUGUCCCGGGACGCUGGGCAUUCCGCGUUGAUGGUGGACCUGAAGAGGGAAUUUUUUACCCAUAUGGAGAUGAGGAUACAAAGAACCCUGCAGAGGAUUUUGGAAGUUCUCCACUGAUCAACCUGAUGCAGCCAUUUGCCUACUUUGGGCUUGUUUAUAAUGAACUAUACGUGAAUAACAAAGGGUACUUGACUUUUGAAGGACCUUUUUAUCAGUGGUAUCCCUAUUAUUUUCCUGCAAACUCGACUAGAGACAUCAUCGCUCCAUUGUGGACAGACAUUGACAUUACACAUAAAGGAACCAUCUCUUACAGACAAGUAACAGAUGGUCAUCUCUUAAAUCGAGCAUCAAGAGACAUAAACCAAUAUUACCCCAACUUGAACUUCUCUGCCUCGUGGGUUUUCAUUGUAACAUGGGAUAAAGUACCGUAUUAUGGAUACAGGCGAACAGAGUCAACCUUUCAAGUGGUUUUGGUGUCUGGCAAAAACAUGUCAUUCACACUCAUGCACUUUGGUAAUAUUGCCCCAGCCAUACAUCCUGUUACGUCUGGAUAUGACACAAGUGGAUCAACUGAUUUCUUUACAAUUCCUGUCUCUGACACCACAAACCUGUCAUACACCAGCAAUGUCAACGUCAUGGGUCGAUGGGUAUUUCGAACUGGAACUGCAUCAGAAAACAAUGGAAUAUUCUACCCGUAUGGAGGUGUAGACGAUGAGAAAAACCCACAGUCAGACGAUGGAAGUUCUCCACUGAUCCCCUUGCGGCGACCAUUUGUGUAUUUUGGUCAUGUAUAUGACAAAAUAUUUGUGAAUAAUAAUGGAGACCUGACCUUUGAUGUACCACUUUCCCAGUGGAUUCCCAAUUAUUUUCCUGCAAACUCAACUAGAGACAUCAUCGCUCCACUGUGGACAGACAUUAAUAAUCGUGGAGGAGGAAACAUCUCUUACCGACAAGUAACAGAUGUUUAUCUCUUGAAACAGGCUUCAAGAGACAUAAACCAAUAUUAUCCCAAAUUGAGGUUCUCUGCCUCGUGGGUUUUUAUUGCUACAUGGGAUAAAGUACCGUACUAUAGAAUGACAGAGACAAGUUCUUUUCAAGUUGUUUUGAUCUCUGGUGGCUCUCUGUCUUUUGUCAUGAUGAACUACAGAAAUAUCUCCUCUACGAAUCAGCGCUUUCAGGCUGGCUAUGACACAAUAGACUCAACAAAUUAUUUUUCAAUCCCUGCGCCUGAUGCAAAUAAGCUGUCUAAUUCCAGCAAUGUCAAUGUGACGGGACGAUGGGUAUUUCGCGUUGAUGGAAUAUUCUACCCAUAUGGUGAUGUAGAGGAUGAGAAAAACCCACAGUUGGAUGAUGGAAGUUCUCCACCGAUCCCCUUGCUGCAGCCAUUUGUGUACUUUGGCCAUGUAUAUGACAAAAUAUUUGUGAAUAAUAAUGGAGACCUGACCUUUGAUGAGCCACUUUCCCAGUGGUUUCCAAAUUAUUUUCCUGCAUACUCGACUAAAGACAUCAUCGCUCCACUUUGGACAGACAUUGAUAACAGUGGAGGAGGAACCAUCUCUUACCAACAAGUAACAGAUGGUCCUCUCUUGAAACGGGCUUCAAGAGACAUAAACAAAUAUUUUGCCAACUUGGAGUUCUCUGCCUCGUGGGUUUUUAUUGCUACAUGGGAUAAAGUACCAUACUUUGGAAUGACAGAGGCAAGUUCAUCUUUUCAAGUUGUUUUGGUCUCUGAUGGCUCUCUGUCUUUUGUCAUGAUGAACUACGCAAACAUUUUCUCUACGGAUCAAUGGUUUCAGGCUGGCUAUGACACAAUAAACUCAACUAAUUAUUUUUCAAUCCCUGUGGCUGAUGAAAAUAAACUCUCCAACUCCAGCAAUGUCAAUGUGACAGGACGAUGGGUAUUUAGCGUUGAUAAGGAGGGAAUAUUCUACCCAUAUGGAGGUGUAGAGGAUGAGAAAAACCCACAGUCGGAUGAUGGAAGUUCUCCACUGAUCCCCUUGCGGCGACCAUUUGUGUACUUUGGCCAUGUAUUUGACAAAAUAUUUGUGAAUAAUAAUGGAGACCUGACCUUUGAUAAGCCACUUUACCAGUGGCUUCCCAAUUAUUUUCCUGCAUACUCGACUAAAGACAUCAUCGCUCCACUGUGGACUGACAUUGAUAAUAGUAGGAAAGGAACCAUCUCUUACCGACAAGUAACAGACGGUCCUCUCUUGAAUCGAGCUUCAAGAGACUUAAACAAAUAUUUUCCCAACUUGAACUUCUCUGCCUCGUUGGUUUUUAUUGCUACAUGGGAUGAAGUACCGUACUUUGGAAACAAUGAAUCAAGUUCAUCUUUUCAAGUUGUUUUGGUCUCUGGUGGCUCUCUGUCUUUUGUCAUGAUGAACUACGGAAAUAUCUCCUCUACGAAUCAAUGGUUUCAGGCUGGCUAUGACACAAUAAACUCAACAAAUUAUUUUUCAAUCCCUGUUACUGAUGAAAAUAAACUCUCCAACUCCAGCAAUGUCAAUGUGACGGGACGAUGGGUAUUCCGUGUUGAUAGCGGGCCUAAGGGAAUAUUCUACCCAUAUGGAGGUGUAGAGGAUGAGAAAAACCCACAGUCGGAUGAUGGAAGUUCUCCACUGAUCCCCUUGCGGCGACCAUUUGUGUACUUUGGCCGUGUGUAUGACAAAAUAUUUGUGAAUAAUAAUGGAGACCUGACCUUUGAUGAGCCACUUUCCCAGGGGAUUCCCAAUUAUUUUCCUGCAUACUCGACUAAAGACAUCAUCGCUCCACUGUGGACAGACAUUGACAUUUCACAAAAAGGAACAAUCUCUUACCGACAAGUAACAGAUGGUCCUCUCUUGAAUCGGGCUUCAAGAGACAUAAACCAAUAUUAUCCCAACUUGAACUUCUCUGCCUCGUGGGUUUUUAUUGCUACAUGGGAUAAAGUACCGUACUUUGGAAAUAGUGAAUCAGAGUCAACUUUCCAAGUGGUUUUGGUGUCUGGAAGAAACUUGUCAUUUACAUUCAUGCAUUAUGAUCAUAUCACCUCCACCUAUGCUGUAGAGUCCGGCUAUGACACAAAUUACUCUACUAAUUUCCUUUCAAUUCCUGUUUCUGACAUCACAAACCUGUCAUACACAAGCAAUGUCAAUGACAUGGGUAGAUGGGUAUUUCGUGUCGACAAUUCAUCGGAAAGAAAUGGAUUUUGUGGCAGAACUAACCCUCAAGCCUCAGAUAAUCUUCCCAGUGCUCAGGUGUGUGGAAGACCCACAUUUACCGCCAGCAGCAAUAUUAUGUAUGGAGGUCAUCUUUGCUCGAACUUUGGUGGAUGCUUAACCAAACAGAUACCAUCACCUAUUACAAAUUCACCUACUGGACGCUGGCCAUGGCAGGCAAGCAUUCUUCUGAAUGGAAGUCACUUCUGUGCAGAGGGAGGGUCUCUCGUCAACAAAGAGUGGGUGCUGACCGCUGCCCAUUGUGUUGAUAGUUAUUCCAUCUUUUCUUUAACUGUGGUUUUGGGGCGUCAGACCCAGAAAGGCUUCAACCCCAAUGAAGUGUCCAAAAAUGUGAAACUAAUCAUCAAACAUCCCAGUUACAACAGACGUACGAAUAACAAUGAUAUCGCUCUGCUCAAACUGAGAUCUCCCAUCACCUUCACUGACUACAUCAGACCCGUGUGUCUAGCAGCUGAUGGCAGUGUGUUUAACAACGGCACAGACAGCUGGAUCACUGGAUGGGGAAACAUUAGUCGAAGAGUGUCCCUCCCAUCACCUAAUGUUCUACAGGAAGUGGAGGUUCCUGUAAUUGGUAACAGACAGUGCAGCUGUCUCUAUGGAGUUGGAAAAAUAACAGACAACAUGAUCUGUGCUGGUCUACUGGAGGGAGGCAAGGACUCAUGUCAGGGAGAUUCAGGAGGUCCGAUGGUGAGCAAUCAGAGCUCGGUAUGGGUCCAGUCCGGUAUCGUUAGCUUUGGCUGUGCUCGACCUGAAUAUCCCGGUGUUUACACCAGAGUAUCCCGCUAUCAGGAAUGGAUCACCUCCUUCAUGUGCAGCGAUCCUCCAGGUUUUGUGCAGUUUACCUCUGCUGGAAACAAUUCUGACAACAAUUACACCUGUCCUGAUCCUCCUCCUUCUUCUCUUCCUCCUUCCACAACAAUAGUUAAAGAAACAAAUAUUCCAUCUUCUGCAGCAUCUGUUGUACAAAUCUCUUUGAUAUCAUUUUCUCUAUUUUUUAUAGCAAUUUUUUUAAUUUUUGUUUUUUAUCAUUUUUUAGGCAAGAAAGCAUGCAGUGCUUGUAAAAAGUUCUUUUCCAGUGGUGGAAAGAUUACUGAAAACAUUUACUUAAGUAAAAAUACCAUUACAUUCCAAAGAAUGUAGUGUGAGUAGAGGAAAAAGUACCAAAAAAAUACUUAAAAAGUAGCUUAUUUCAAAAGUACUCAUGAGUAGUGAGUACUGAGCUGUGGAUUCUACCCCUUUAAAAUAAAUACUGUACACUACAAUUUAUAAAUUUAGAAAACUAAAUUUUACAUACUGUAAUUCCCAUUAUAUUUUGUUUGUCAGAAAGAUUAAAGAAUAUCUAUCAUCCAUUUUUUUUAAAUGUAUCGAAACAACACAGAAAGACUAUAGCCUAUUGAGAUGAGAAGAUGAAAGUUAUUCUCAGUUCACUUGACACCAUAAUCAUUGUUUAAUAAAAAAGAUUUAAAAUUAGGCGUAAGGCCACUGAGCCUGAGCAUGCUAUUUUUGCACAGAAAAUAUCAAUGAUAGGAACAGUGCAAAUUCAAAAACCUUUAGAAACUCAUACAAGAGUUCAGAAUCACACACCCCAACCUCACACCAAAUGUGUAUAUAUAUAUAUAUAUAUAUAUAUAUAUAUAUAUAUAUAUAU